GUCAACUCAGUGCGCCGUCGAGAGCGGAGCGGGCGUCAUUCAAGUAUAAUAUAUUGUAACUUAGAAAAGUCACACUUGUGACAUUUAAGUUAGAGUUAAGUGACAUAUAGUGCUGUAUAUCCAAGAUGGCGUUCCGGUGCGUGGGAGUCGUGCUUUUAUGUUUAACUGUAUUAGCUUCAUCAGCAGUACCAAAGACCCCUCGCAAGAAACCAGCCAACCAGCCCGCGCGAGUGGCGCAGGAUGCCGAGCGCGACGCAGAGAUAACCAACUCCUGUCCUGAUGAUGGCUUCUUCGCGGACGCUGAGCAGUGUGACAAGUACUACGAGUGCAGAAAUGGCGAGAUCAUCGAGAAACUGUGCCCAGACGGCAUGGUGUUCAACGACUACAGCCCCGAGGAGGAGAAGUGUGACCUGCCCUUCAAUAUCGACUGCUCGCAAAGGCCCAAAUUGCAGACCCCAAUCAAGACACUCCACUGUCCGCGCCUGAACGGCUACUUCUCCCAUGAGGACCCGAAGGAGUGCGGCAAAUUCUACUACUGCGUGGACGGCAAGUUCAACAUGAUCACGUGCCCCGACGGCCUGGUCUACAACGAGAAGACCGGCAUCUGCACCUGGCCUGAUGAGGCCAAGAAGAAGGGCUGCGGUGCUUCUGAGGUGUUCAAAUUCGACUGUCCGGCCGUGAACGAAACAUUUGGUCAGACACACCCUAGGUACGCGGACCCUGAGGACUGCCAGUUCUUCUAUGUCUGCAUCAACGGUAACACCCCUCGCCGGUCAGGCUGCAAGCUUGGACAGGCUUUCGAUGACGUCCAGAAGCGCUGCGAGUGGGCCAGGAAGGUGCCUGAAUGCGCGGAUUGGUACAAGGGCCAGCUGACUGAUGCUGAGUUGGACGCGCUAGAGAAUCCCCCUACAGCUCGGCCCAAGGUCACCGGCAGCUCACAGCCGUCGCGCCGCAAGCCACAACGCCCAGGCAAGGGCAAGUCGGCGCCAGUCGUCGACGAGGACGUGGAGUAGGCAUUUAUGUAGAUAGGUUAAUAAUAAAUUUCUUAUAAGUUUA